CCUUUAGCCAAAAUGGCAGCCUCCAGCUAAUAGUGCCGCACGUGUGUAUAUGUGUCUCUUUUUUUGGAAAAUCGAGCGGACUUAAAGUAGCUACUUUUAAAAUAUUCAAUCUCCAUCAUUCAAAAGGUAGUUUGUUGCUAAUUCACGGAGGCAUGAAGACCAAAUCGUCCUCUCACAAGUCCGAGAACACGCACAGGUUUCUCACCUUCUCAGAACGCUUAAGCAAUGUAAAUAUUGACAUUAUUCAUCGUAUUGACAGAACAGGGAGCUAUGCUGAGGAGGUUGAAACAUAUUUUCACGAAGGACUCGAGAAAUGGAGGGAGCUGAACCUUACUCGCCAUUUUGUGACAUUCUACAGGCAGGUAGUCAACAAAUGCCAGUCUUUCAACCAGCUGGUGUACUAUCAGAAUGACAUUGUGCAGAGCUUGAAAACCCACCUGCAAGUGAAAGACAGUCUUGCUUUUCAACCUCUUUUGGACUUAGUGGUGCAGCUGGCUCGCGAUCUCCAGACAGAUUUCUAUCCUCAUUUCCAAGACUUUUUUCUGUCCAUUACAAAAUUGUUGGAUACCCAGGACACGGAGCUGCUAGAAUGGACUUUCACCUGUCUUUCUUACCUUUACAAAUAUUUAUGGAGGCUGAUGGUGAAGGACAUGUCCAAUAUUUAUGGAUUGUACAGCACCUUGUUGGCUCACCAUAAAGAGCACAUCAGAAAUUUUGCAGCAGAAAGCUUCACCUUCCUGAUGAGGAAGGUUUCAGACCAAAAUGCUCUCUUAAACGUAAUGUUCCAUGACUUGGAAAUGCACCCAGAAAAAGUAGAAGGUGUCGGACAGCUGAUUUUUGAGACGUGCAAAGGCGUUAGGAACAUGUUCCAUUCCUGUGCUGAAACGGUUAUAACAUUAAUUCUGAAAAAGCUGGGGCCACUUACAGAAACAGAAGUGACCCUCUCCUGGAACUUGGUUGGUGAAGCUUUCGAACAUAUGGCAAAGUCAGCUGCUGGAUUCAUCUAUAAAGAACAUUUCAGUGUAUUUUUCAGAUGCUUGCAAAAAUCAAUACUUGAACUGCAAGAAAAGAUAACGAAGGACAACUGCUGUGAAGCUUCUGAACAGAUUGAGAGGGUAUUGCAAGUGUAUUUGAUCUUAGCAGAAUAUGCACAAGGCUCCAAAAUUGUUCAGCCUGAAGAAGUUUGUAAGACGUUAACAAAACUGAUAGAAACACCGGACCUCUCAGUGCCCUGUCGUGAUACUCUGCUUAAAGUUAUUUCUGUUCUGUUUCUUGAUGAGAAUGUCUUAUUGCCUGAUUCAUUGGUCAAAGAAAUUGUUGAAAAGAUCUUCAGAGGUGGAUUUGAAAGGCGUUCUCUAUGGGAUUUUUCUAAAGUUAUGUUUCCAAUGGAACAAUUUGAAAAGCAAUUUCUUCCCAGUCUCCUUGAGUAUGCUGAGCACUGCAUUUGUGGAGAAGAUGCUCUGGUUCAGGAGGAGGCCUUGGCAGUUCUGGCUAAACUCAUUCUAGAGAAAGCAGAACCUCCCACAGUUGGUUCGAUGGCCUUUGAGAAGUAUCCCUUGGUUUUUAUGGAAUCUGCUAAAGGAUUGAAUAGAAGACAGUUGCGAAGUAAAAGAACCGAAGUGAAAGAACAGAAGACUGUUUUGGAUCACAUUCUGUCUUGCAUUCAGAUACCAGAAAACAGAAGCACGGCUGAUCUUUCAAAACCCUGGGCAGCUCUUGUGGUACUUCCUCACAUAAGGCUGCUUGUCAAAGAGAAAAUCCUACCAGAAGUUAAAGGUUACGCUGAGUAUCUCUUCACUGCUCUUGAGACAGGACAGCCUUGCAAAGGAAGCCUGUUUGUGGUCUGCCAAGCUGUGAGCACACUGCUUAGUUUAGCAGAAUCCUUGGAAAUUCUAGAUCUGUUACCAGUGGAACGCAUAAAGACUUUGUUGAUGGCGUUUCCUUCAGACCCAUCUGCCUUGCUGUUGGCUGAUCUCUAUUGUACAAGACUGGCAUUGUGUGGGUACUAUAAACAUCUGUCCCAAGAGAGUCUGAUGGAAUUGCUUUUAAAAUUGCAAGCCAAUAUUUCAAGCAGUGUAUCCAAGGUACGACUGUUGACAAUAAGGAUUUUAAAUCAUUUCGAUGUCCAGCUUCCUGUGGGGAGUGAGGAUAUGGGCGUGGGGGAGCUGCAGUCUGUAUUUGCCAUAUUGCUUCAAGCUGAACUUGUGCCAGCAAGCAUCAAUGAUUAUCGUGAGAAACUGCUCCACCUAAGGAAGCUGAGGCAUGAUGCAGUCCAAUCCCUGACCCCUGCGGGACCUUUACAGGAGGUGCCUCUUCGGUAUUUACUGGGAAUGCUUUAUAUCAACUUCAAUCCAUUGUGGGUUCCUGUGAUUGAGCUUAUAGCCUCUCAUGCAAAUGAAAUGGAAAACAAACAGUUUUGGAAAGUUUACUUUGAACAUUUGGAAAAGGCCGUCAUUUAUGCUGAGAGAGAGCUACAUAAUGAGCUGGAAGAAGAUCAGUGGGACAUUAUGGAUGCUCAAGGAGAAGAAAUCCAUGGAAGAGACGUCAGAACUUUGUAUCUUGAGCAGCUGAAAUGUCAGACAUGCUGCAGUGAGAGGACAGAUCACGCGAAUUUUAGGCUGUUGCUUUGGAAGGCAAUGUCAAAAUUUCCGGACAGAGUGGAGCCCAGGUCUAGAGAACUCUCUCCACUUCUCUUAAGGUUUAUUACCAACGAAUACUAUCCUGCAGAUUCACUGGUAGCUCCAGCACAAGACCUUAGAAAGAAAAGCGGUAGCAGUGUAAAACGAGACCUCACCGUGGAAGGAGAUGCAACAACCAUGAAAGAUGAUGAGAAGGAUGAGGAUGAGAAUGAGAAUGAGGAAGAGAAGGAGACUUCUGAAGAGCCAGUGAAGGAAGAGAUGCCAAAAAAGAAGACUAGAAGAGCUGCGUCAAAACAGCUCAUCACCCACUUGCAGCUGUUUGCCCAAUUUUCAAAUCCACGUGCAUUGUAUUUAGAAGCAAAAUUGAAUGAAAUAUACACUCAGCUGCUGUCUCAUCAGGACCAGAGUGUGCAAAAAGUAGCUCUUGACUGUAUCAUGACAUACAAGCAUCCACACUUGCUGCCAUACCGAGAGAACUUGGAACGUCUACUGGAAGACAAGAGCUUUAAGGAAGAAAUAGUUCAUUUCAGCAUUUCUGAAGAAAACACCACAGUAAAGGCGCUGCACCGGCCAGAGCUUGUUCCUGUUCUAAUGAGGAUUCUGUAUGGACGGAUGAGAAACAAAACUGGAAGCAAAACACAGGGGAAGUCAGCCGCUGGGACACGCAUGGCUAUUGUUUUGAGAUUCCUUGCUGGCUCGCUGCCUGAAGAGAUUAGGAUGUUCCUGGAUCUGCUAUUUGAGCCUGUGAAGCACUUUGGCAAUGGAGAUUGCCUCUCUGCAGUGCUCCAAGCAGUGGCAGAACUCGAUUUAUCUCGAGUCUUGCCUCUAGGUCGGCAGCAUAGCCUUUUCAACAGCCUGGAAGUAGUACUGAAAAACAUGGGGCAUCUGAUCAGCCAGUACCUGCCUGAGAUUUUGCAGAUUUUACUUUGCAUGAUGGCAACAGUAUCCCACAUUCUUCAGGAGCGGGAAAAGAUUCAACUCAAAUUAAUUAACCCAGUGAAAAAUUUGAGGCGACUUGGACUUAAACUUAUAGCAGACUUUUUCUCUGAUUUCAAAACUUACAACUUUAGUGUGGAAGAGAUUGAUGCAGUUUUUCAUGCAGUGGUUUGGCCCCAGAUCCUCAGGUUGGCCUCUGAGAGCCAAUAUUCUCCUACUCUCUUGCUCAAAAUCAUUCACAUAUGGAGCAGAAGCCCCAGGUAUUUCCCUUUGCUGGCCAAGCAGAUGCCAGGACAUCCAGAAUAUGAUGUGUUAUCCAAUGUGUUUGCUCUGCUUUCGGCCAAAAGCUUGUGUGAGGCAACGGCUGGUGUUGUGAUGGACGUGGCUGACAGUCUUCUAAACACUCCUGACUUGGAGCCCGAUGACGAUAUUUGCAGCUUGACAGUGACAGAAUGUGUCUUCCACGAAGUUGAUGAAACGACAGAAGAUGUUCCCACCACAGGUGUGAAGCUGAUUCUCCCCCAUGUGCCUGCAAUCCUUCAGUAUCUCAGCAAAACUAUGUUCAGUGUGGACAAGAUGAAGAAGAAGAAGUACAGAGCACAAGUCAGCAAAGAACUAAACAUCCUUUCAAAAAUUAGCAAGUUUAUAAAGGACAAGAGUCAGAGCUCCAUCCUGAUUGGUCUCCUCCUCCCUUUCCUCCACCAGAGUAACAUGGUGCAGGAUACUGAGAUUGACAUCCUGGAAACAGUGCAAAAUCUACUGAAGCAUUGUUUGAAUCCAGCAAGUUUCCUCAAACCACUGGCAAAAUUGUUUUCUGUUGUUCAGAACAAAUUGUCUCGUCAGACGCUGUGCAUGGUUUUUGAGACUUUAUCAGAUUUGGACAGCAAUCUAAAAUACAUUACAGAUACAGUUAAGCUGAAUGCUUUUGAUCCACGUCAUCUUGAUGAUAUCAAUUUCGAUAUCCGCUUGUCAGCAUUUCAAGACAUCACUUCUCAUAUCAAGGCAAUGAAAACAGUGGAUGUCGACUACCUUAUUCCAGUAAUGCAUAACUGUUUCUAUACAAUACAGUUAGGAGAGAUGUCUCUAAGUGACAGUGCCAUCCUCUGUCUGAAUGCUAUUAUCAACCUGUUUGCUGAAAUCAGUCAUGCAGAAGAUGAAUACAAGGAAAUCAUUCAGCACACUCUUCUAGAAGCUUUGAGAAAAGGGCUAAAGAACAAGACUGAGAGCAUUCAGCAGGAUUACACAUCGUUGCUCUCCAGCUUGAUUCGAGCAUUUUCAAACCACCCAGAGUUUCAGGACUUGGUCCAGUUGACUGACGUCCAUGAUCCAGAGAUGGACUUCUUUGAAAAUAUGAAGCAUAUUCAGAUCCACAGAAGGGCACGCGCCUUGAAGAAAUUGGCUAAGCAACUAGCUGAAGGCAAAAUCACACUCUGUUCCAAAUCUCUUCAGAAUUACAUUAUGCCUUAUGCAACUACUACUGUCUUUGAUGAGAAAAUGCUUAAGUAUGAAAAUAUGAUAACUGCUUCGGUUGAAAUGGUAGGAGCUGUUUGCAGGCAUCUUUCUUGGUCAGCGUACCUCUACCACUUGAAACAUUUCAUACACGUCUUGCAGACUGGACAGAUCAAUCAAAAACUGGGCGUCAGUGUGCUAGUUAUGGUGCUGGAGGCUUUUCACUUUGACUACGAAACUCUUGAAAAGCAGCUUGAGAUGAUUCAAAAGGAAGCAGAUGCAGAAGCCAUGGACACUGAAAUGGAAGUGGAGAAUGAAACAAUGGAAGUGGAACUUAGUGAUGGAGAAGAAGACCAAGAAACCACCAAGGACCUUUCUAAAGAUGCCAGUGAACAAACAGAGCCUGUUUCAUCUUUGUCUGCUCCAGCCACUAAUGAAGAAGACAAAAAAACCCAGAUCGCUCUGAAACCAAUUUCCUUCCUGCCUAAGGAUAAGGAAGAGUUGAAAUGCUUGAUAAAUCAUAUACAAGAAACAGUACAGGGAAACAUCUUGCCCAAAUUGCACAAAUGUCUCAUUGCAAAGGUCAAAAGAGAUGAAGAGCACAAGCUUGUGAAAUCUAAGGUUGUGAAUGAUGAAGAAGUUGUUCGGGUUCCACUUGCUUUUGCGAUGGUCAAGCUGAUGCAGACUCUUCCCCAAGAUGUCAUGGAAGAGAAUUUGCCAAGCAUCCUCCUGAAAGUCUGCUCCCUUCUGAGGAACAGAGCCCAGGAAAUACGGGAUAUUGCACGCAACACCCUGAUGAAAAUAAUGGAGGCUUUGGGGGCACAGUAUCUGCAAUAUGUCUUAAAAGAGAUGCAGUCAACCCUCGUCCAUGGUUACCAGGUCCACGUGUUGACUUUCACAGUCCACCUCUUGCUGAAGAGCCUCGCCAGCAAUCGACUUCAAGUGGGAGACUUGGAUCCCUGCGUAGAACUUAUGACCGAAAUUUUCAACCACGAACUGUUUGGGGAAGUUGCAGAGGAAAAAGAGGUGAAAGGCAUAGUUUCCAAAGUUAUGGAGGCUCGCAGAAGCAAGAGCUAUGAUUCUUAUGAAAUCCUUGGCAAGUACAUAGGGAAAGACCAAGUGACGAAGCUCAUUCUUCCAUUGAAAGAGGUUUUAGAGAAUACUACAAGCCUAAAGAUGUCUCGGAAGGUACAUGAAACUUUACGCCGCAUCGUGUCUGGAUUGAUAAUGAACACAGCAAUGAGUGCAGAAACCAUCCUUCUACUCAGCCAUGGACUGAUUAGUGAAAAUCUACCACUGUUAACAGAGAAAGCAAAAACCAAAGCUCCUGCUCCUCCAGAUCCUCGUUUGCAACCAAAGAGCUGCCUCUUGCUUCCACCAGCUCCAGUUCGAGGAGGGCAGAAGGCACCUGUGAGCAGCAAGACAAACAUGCACAUUCUGGUUGAAUCGGGGCUACGGCUACUGCACAUGAGUCUGAAGAGGUCCAAAAUAAAUUCCUCAGAUGAUCACACUUUAGAAAUGUUGGAUCCUUUCGUUCAGCUGCUUGUCGACUGCCUUCAGUCCACAGAUGUUAAGGUGAUCACUGGCUCUCUCCAGUCCCUUCUGUGGGUCUUAAAGUUCCCGUUGCCUGCAGUAGACAAGAAUAUAGAGCAGCUAAUCGAGCGGCUUUUCGUUCUGCUGAAAGACUUUGCCAAGCCAGGAGCUGCUAAAGGCCAGAAUUUUCAUUUGGUUGUAAAUUGUUUCAAAUGUGUAACUCUGCUUGUGAGGAAUGCAAAGAGUCACAUAACAGAGAAACAACUACAAGUGUUGCUUGGAUAUGCUGAAGAAGAUAUCUACGAUUCGUUACGACAGGCCACUGCCUUUGGCCUCUUAAAGGCGAUUGUAUCCAGAAAACUGGUAGUUCCCGAAAUUGAAGGUGUUAUGCAGAAGGUUGCAAACUUCGCCAUCACAGGGCAAAAUGAGCAAGUUCGAAUCCAGUGCAGACAGAUUUACCUGAAAUAUAUUCUUGAUUAUCCACUUGGUAAGAAGCUGAAAACCAACCUUGAGUACAUCUUUGCCCAACUCAAUUAUGAAUAUGAGACAGGGAGAGAAUCUGCUUUGGAAAUGAUUGCGUACCUCUUUGAAAUGUUCCCCCAGGGUUUACUGCACCAAUUUUGUGGGCUUUUCUUUGUCCCACUAUGUAUGAUGAUUGUAAAUGAUGAUUCGGCAAAGUGCAAAAAGAUGUCAGCUCUGGCAGUCAAAGGUCUCCUCAGUAAGAUUAGCCCUGGAAACCGAGACCUGAUGUUUUCCCUGCUCACCUCGUGGUUCAAGAGUGACAAGCGUGUGCACAAGAGGCUAGCUGCUCAUGCCUGUGGAACAUUUGUUGAAGCUGAAGGAAUCGAAUUUGAAAAAAGGCUUGGGACCAUUCUCCCAAUUAUCGAGAAAGAAAUACAUCCUUCAGAUUUUAAAGAUGUUGCAGAAGAGACUGAAGAAAAGGCUGCCGACAGACUGCUGUUCAGCUUCCUAACUUUGAUCAGCAAACUAAUCAAGGAAUGCAAUAUUAUUGAACUAAAUAAACACAAUGAGAUUCUGAGCAACAUUUGGGGUCAUGUGCAGUCUCAUUUAUGGUACCCUCACAGCUGGGUGUGGUCGACGUCUUCUCAGAUUUUUGGCUUGCUGUUUGCUGCUCACAAGCCAGAGGAACUUGUUAACAAAUGGAGUAAAAGAAAGCUGGAAAAGAGUCAAGAAAGUACUACAGAGCCACCGGCAACUACCUUCUUAACAGAAGAACUAGACAAAAAGAUGAAAACACUUGCUUUAGCAUUCUGCCAUCAGUUGAAGUCCAAAUUUUUAGAUCCAUGUCUUGGAGAACAGGUUGUGAAGAAUCUACUGUUUGUGGCCAAAGUACUGUACCUUAUGGCUCCUCCAGAAGAUGGCAAAGAAAUCAAUGACGAGGUGGGCCAGGAUGCUGAGGAGCCAGAAGACUUUGGAGAAGAUGUUGAAAACGAGACUUCAACCAUGGAGGCAAAAGACGACAAAGAGAAAAGCAGCCCAGCCACACUGCUGUGGGUGAUGAAAAGACUCUUGGCAUUGGCCUCACGUGAAGCUGCAUAUUCACCCAAGGACCCUUUAAAGAGAACCUGUAUCUUUAAAUUCCUUGGUGCCAUUGCAGUAGAUCUUGGGAAAGACAGGGUGAAACCAUACCUUCCUACAAUCAUAGCCCCUCUAUAUCGAGAACUCAGCAGUACCUAUGCAGAUCAAGAUCCAACUCUGAAGAAUCUUUCCCAAGAAAUCAUAGAGCUUUUGAAGAAAUUGGUUGGGCUGGAAACCUUUUCACUUGUGUUUGCUUCUGUGCAAAAGCAAGCCAGUCAGAAGAGAGCUAUCCGGAAGAAACAGAGAGCCCUGGAGGCUGUUGCUAAUCCUGACAUUGCUGCCAAGAAGAAGUUGAAGAGACACAAGAAUAAAAUUGAAGCAAAGAAGAGAAAAAUAGAAUUUCUGCGGCCUGGUUACAAAGCAAAAAGACCAAGAAGCCAUGCGUUAAAAGACUUGGCGAUGGUGGAGUGAAACACUAUCACAUGACUCCCAUUAUAAAUGUUCCAUGCUAUACAGAACAUGAGAAGACAACUGCAGCAGCAGGUGCUCUUCCCUGCCACUCAUUUAGAGGAUGUUUCAACAUAAAAUAGUAUAUACUAAGAACCACAGCAGGGAAGAACAACCUCUUGCAGAGACAAAAAAAACAGCUGUCUUACGGAUUACUAAUUAUUUAUUUGUAAUUUUAAUCUAUACAUACCCUGUUCAACUGAUGCCUUAAAAUUUCUCUCCAAAUGUUUCUUUAAGAGGAUACAUUAUUAAGGCUGAGCCUUUCAGGGCUCUAUAGUUCACUGUAAAGUGAUGUACAGUUUGUGGUAAUGCAGUGUUUUUUUCUAAUGAAAUGUGUUCAAUGAACCUUUGAAAUAUUUUCUCCUGUGUGUGAUUAACUUAAGAUGGGUGAUUUAAACCCUUGUUCAA